CACAGAUACACUAUAUUGCCAAAAGUAUUGGGCCAGCCCCUCCAAACCAUUUUAUUCAGGUGUUCCAAUCACCUCCAUGGCCACAGGUGUGUGCAAACUGCUUCUACAAACAUUUGUGAAAGAAUGGGGCGCUCUCAGGAGCUCAGUGAAUUCAAGCAUGGUACCAUGAUAGGUUGCCACCUGUGCAAUAAGUCCAUCUGUGACAUUUCCUUGCUACUAAAUAUUCCACGGUCAACUGUUAGUGGAAUUAUAACAAAGUGGAAGCAACUGGGAACAACAGCAACUCAGCCACGAAGUGGUAGGCCACGUAAAAUGACAGAGUGGGGCCAGCACAUGCUGAAGCGCACAGUAUUCAGAAGUCACCAACUGUCUGCAGAGCCAAUAGCUAAAGACCUCCAAACUUCGUGUGACCUUCAGAUUAGCACAAUAGUGCAUAGAGAGCUUCAUGGAAUAAGUUUCCAUGGCUGAGCAUCUGCAUCCAUGUCUUACAUCAGCAAGUGCAAUGCAAAGCGUUGGAUGCAGUGGUGUAAAACACGCCACCACUGUACUCUAG